AUGUCGUCCAGAUACUCAGCAAAUCAGUACGAUGAUGCCUUCAAGUCUAAAAGGCUGCAGAAUUGGUGUAUGACGAAGCCUGAAUUUAAGGCACCCACAGCACGAAAAGGCUGCACCAAAUUCGUUGCAGAUAAUAGUGGACACCUGCUUCCUGGAGUAGUCAAGAAAGGCAGUGUUUGGCCUGACUUCAAAGGGACAUGGGAUCUACCUGCUCGAAUACCAGCCCAUAAAAUCAACCCCACUAGCCGCUCUGCGGAGGGUCUUCAACGCCUCAAGGCCUGGGGUUUGGACCCUGACCACAAAGCCACCUCUCGGCCAGCAAGCAGCAGCAAAAAAACUGAUGGCGGCAAAAAAACGGAUGCCUUGCAGAACGCUGGCAAGGAGAACUCUGAGGGUGUACAGCAGGACAAUGCUUCAUCCGUGCCCCCACCAACAGCUGAAACCCAGCCAGCGUCUCAGAGCCGCCCAGUUUCUGCAGACACCAAAACUGGCAAACAGAGUGUGAGCCAGGCAGAUGAGGUUUUAUCUGUCAUAAAUGCUGCCGAUCCUGUGACAAGCAAACCAGCAAGCCUGAGAGCGAUGUCAUCUUUGAGCCUGGAACAGGCGAAAACAACUCAGAAUAAGUGA